AUGCAGUUGAAAUUCGUCACUCUCGACGUCUUCACCCUCAAGGCCUACGGCGGCAACCCGCUCGCCGUGGUCUUCCUCCCCGAAACAUCCGCCUCUGCCUCGCUCACUCAACGCCAAAAACAUAUCAUGUGUAAAGAAUUCAACCUCUCUGAGACGAUCUUUGUCCACCCAGUCACUGAGCAUAAUAAGCGCACCAUUGACAUCUUCACCAUUGAAUGCGAAAUCCCCUUCGCCGGCCACCCCACCAUCGGCGCCGCCUCAUGGUUCCUUGCCCAUGCGGCCGCCUCCAACCGCGGGGUCGACACGCUGGUGACUAAAUCAGGCGAGAUCCCCAUUUCUAUCGCGGAUCAAGCUACGCAGGCGGUUGCGGCCCGCAUUGCGCAUAAUACGCGCAUUCAUCAGAAUCGGUUCCCGUUAGCAGACUUGCUAAGACUGCAUUCGAGUUUGAAGCCAUUCUUCCUGGCGGGCACGGAUUUCCCACUAUUUUCCAUCGUGAAUGGGAUGAGUCAGACGUUUAUUGAGUUGCCGAGUUUGGAAGCGCUCGCGGCCGUGACUACUGCGAAUGGGGGUGAGUAUCUUGAUGUACAGCAUCCGUCGUAUCUGGAUGAGGGGUGGCGGUCCGGGUUGAUCUGUGUGUAUUUCUUUGUGAGAGAUGUCGAUGAUGAGACUUUGGGGAAGAAGGUGAUUCGCACGAGGAUGAUGUUGGGUGGAUUCGAGGAUCCGGCCACUGGCAGCUCGGCGAGUGGGCUGACGGCUUGGUUGGCGCUCACCGAGGGAAAGGCGGGGCAGGAGUAUCAGUAUCAAAUCGUGCAGGGUGUCGAGAUGGGCAGACGGAGUGAUAUCGGGGUGGUCGUUGCUCUCAACCAUGAGAGGAAGAUUGAAAAGGUCGAACUGACGGGCACCGCCGUGCAGGUGUCGGAGGGAAAUAUUGUAGUCCCUGAGGAGUAG